AUGAAUAAAAUAAAAGCAAUCACAUUUGAUGCAACUGGAACCUUAUUUAAAGUUAGAGGUAGUGUUGGAAGUAACUAUGAAAAAAUAUUUACAAAAUAUGGAAUUAAAUUAAAUUCAGAAAAAUUAAAUAAAAACUUUUUAAAAAUAUUUUCAAAUUUGUCAAAAGAAUAUCCAAGUUAUGGUUAUGCAAAAUUGAACAAUGAUGGUAAAUUUUAUUAUGAUAAAGAUGGUAAUGAAAUAUGUGGAUUUAAAUGGUGGCAGCAUUUAAUGAAAUCAUUAGUUGAAACCUCAUCAACCAAUCUAUCAAAGAAUCAAAUUGAAAAUAUACCCAACGAGGCAUAUAAAGAGUUAUAUGAUUGUUUUGGAACCAACAGAAACUCAUCAAAGUUAAUUACAAAAGCAAACGAACAUGAAUUUUGGGAGGUUUACGACGAAGUUAUUCCAACAUUAGACAAAUUAAAAGAAAAUGGUAUUCAUCUAUCAGUCAUUAGCAAUUUUGACGAAAGGUUACACACCAUUUUAAAGAGUCUAGAUUUAAUAAAGUACUUUAAACUAACUGAUGACCAAAUCAACAGGGUAGAGCAAUUGUCAACAUUAGAAAAGCAACAUUAUUUAUUCCCAAAUAAAAGAUAUGAUUUUAUUACCACAUCCAUUGAAUCAGGUUACCAAAAGCCCAGUCCUCAAAUAUUCGAUUUUUCCUAUCAAAAACUGUUGGCUUCUCUCGACGAUCCAUCACUUAAAAAAGAUGAAAUUAUGUAUGUAGGUGACAGUGUUGGAAAAGAUUGUGUUGGAAGUUUUCAAUAUGGUUUUGUUCCAUGUCUUAUAAAUAGAUCAAACGAAACCCCAUCAUUUGAUAAAUAUGAAAAAGGAAAAGACUUACCUCUAUCAGAUUUAAAAAUUAUAAAUAACUUAUCUCAACUAUUAAAAAAACCAUAA